AGCAGUGUACAGCAGUUCUGUAUGUAAGAAGAGAGUGAAUCGUUAGUUCAUUAAUAAUCUCAUUGAUAUGAAGUUAAUGGUGAUAUAUUUAGUUUGUUACGUAAGUUAUGUUCGGGCGCGAUGUCGAUUUCGUGGAGAAUGUGCUGUGAUCGGUUCUCAUGCGAAACCCUGCCCUGUAGAUAUGGAAGCUGUAAGUCAUGUACAAGGUCUUCAUGGGGAGGAAGCCGAACAAGCGAUUGGAAUUUUAGCCAACCGAUGUCCUCAUAUGGUUUACGAUGAUGAAGGUAAUAUUAAACCAUACGAAGAAAUACUGACCUGCUGUGAGCCGAUUCAAGUCAUGAAGCUUUCGAGCGAUUUAGCGUUGGGCGAAGGCGUUCUAGGCCGCUGUCCCACUUGCUUCAGAAACUUUGUAAGACAAAUUUGCGAGAUGUACUGCUCCCCUGACCAGUCUCGAUUUGUGGAAGUUCAUACAGAAAUUGGCCCCAACAACAUUGAGUAUGUGGAAGCGGUUGACUACAGACUUCACGAGCCAUUUAUGCUGACAGCCUUCGAAUCUUGCUCUGAUGUUAUCGUUCCUCAGACCGGUCUUCCAGCUGUUAACAUGAUGUGUGGCAGUGCAGUUGUAUGCGAUGCAGACGCGUGGUUCAAAUUUACUGGCGACACUGCAGGCAACCCCAUGGCACCACUUCAAAUAAACUUUCAGAGAUGGCCGACAGAAGAGGAUUCAAUGAAUGUAGUUGCACUACCAUGUACCGAAACUAUGGAAGGUGAUCUUCCGUGCAGUUGUGUUGAUUGCAGUGCAAUGUGUCCGGUAGGAAGUAAGCCCAUCGUUCCUGAAAUCUGUAAAAUCUUUAACGUUAACUGUCUCGGAUUUGCUAUUGGUUUAACGGUUUUCGUUAUCAGCGUUACUAUCUUCAUUGUACUAACUUUAUUAGAGUAUAGAAGAAGAAGAUCUAAUACGUCUAGAUCUUCUGAAAUAAGAGAAAUUGAUUGUUUCACGAAGUUUUUUCAAAAAUGUUUUUCGCGAAUCGGCGUAUUUUCCGCGGGUAAUCCUGUACUUAUGAUAAUGAUUGCUUCUUGGGUUACUUUUUCAAUGCUUUACGGUGUAUUUAAUAUUAAUUUAACCACUAACCCAAUAGAGCUUUGGUCUUCGCCUAAUUCUCGUAGUCGUCAAGAACUUAAUUAUUUUAAUACUAGAUUCGGUCCGUUUUACCGCGCUGCACAGGUGUUUUUGCAUUUCAAGGGACUAGACUCAUUUUCUGUAGAUAACGUUACCUAUGGACCUGCAUUUAGAAUUGAAGCAUUGCGAGAAUUAGUACAUCUAGAAAAUAAAAUCAAAAAUAUUGGUCGAGAACAAAGAGGUGUAACUUUAGAGGAAGUUUGCUAUGCGCCUAUUAGGUCCAGAGGAGCAAAGAAAGAAUUAGAUCAAUGUGUUUAUUUAUCUGCAUCCGUUUAUUUAGGUGAAAAUAGAAACGAUAUCGAUGAAAACACUUAUCUUGACGACAUACAAAGCUGUUUGAACAACUUUUUUUCCUUUGACUGCUUGGCAAAUUGGGGAGGAGGUGCGGAACCUGAGGCAGUUUUCGGAGGCUUUGAAGGUGAUGAUGUCUUGAGCGCUAAUACAUUGAUCAUUAAUUUUCCUAUUACCAAUUUUAAUUUAGAAGAAAACCUCCGUCCUGUUUUGGAAUGGGAAGAGAAAUUCAUUGAACUUAUGCAAAACUAUGAAGCUUCCGGUAAAUCAGAUUAUGUCGAAGUGGCUUUUGGAGCCGAAAGAUCAAUCGAAGACGAAAUCAGGAGAGUUUCAGUAGCAGAAGCUGUACCGAUCGCUAUUAGUUAUUUAAUAAUGUUUAUUUAUGUGACGUUGGCUCUAGGAAACAUUAGAUACUGUAGGACAUGGCUCAUUGAUAGUAAAAUAUUGGUUGCUAUAGGUAGUAUUGUUGUUGUUGUUAUCUCUAUUAUUUGUGCCAUGGGUGUCAUGGGUUAUGCGAAUUUCACAACUACUCUAUUAGCAAUAAAUGUGAUUCCGUUCUUCAUACUUUCAGUAGGCAUAGAUAACGUAUUCCUUAUGAUCAAUACGUUACACGAUAUACAAAGUAAUGUUAAAGAAUACGAGGACUAUGAUGAGUCUUUUAGUUUUGAGAAAAAAAAGAGAUUUAUUUUCGAAAAAAUGAUGGGCAGUGUUGGCCCCUCAAUGUUUGUGUCUUCUGUAACGCAAAUCACCUGUUUCGCAAUUGGUAGUAUCACUGAUGUUCCAGCGGUGGCAACAUUUUCUGUAUUUGCUAGCUUAUCUUUGACUUUUCUUUUUAUAUUUCAGAUAACAGCAGUUGUCGGUAUACUAUCAUUAGACUACAAAAGAGUCGCUCAAAAACGUGUCGAUAUUUUUCCUUGCAUUCGUAGUAAAAUUUCAAUGGAUAGCGAUCACGAUCCUCCACACGUCAGUAUAAUGAAUAGAUUUAUGAUAUUGUAUUCUGAUAUAAUUACGAAUUGGAAAGUAAGAAUUGUUGUUGUAAUUUUCUUUAUGAUCAUUUUAUCUCUGAGUAUUAUUGCGGUUCCACAUUUAGAAGUAGGCUUAGACCAAGAAAUGGCUUUACCGACUGACUCAUACGUAUAUAGAUAUUUAGUUGCUGUCAGUGAACUAUUGCGUCUCGGCCCACCAGUUUAUUUUGUAUUAAAAGCUGGUUUAGACUUUACUAAUCCGGAUCACCAAAACGUUAUUUGCGGAACCCAGCUGUGUUACGAAGAUUCAUUAAUUACACAAAUAUUUCUAGCUGCUCAGCACAGUGAAAUAACCUAUAUAGCAAGAAGCUCAAAUUCUUGGCUGGAUGACUUCUUUGAUUGGUCCAGCUUACCCGGGACUUGUUGUAAAUAUAACGUUACCGAUAAUGGGUUUUGUCAAACUUUAGAUACUUCUCCAGAGUGCGCCUAUUGUUCGAUAAGCAGGAAUGAAUGGUCUAACGGCCUCAGACCCAGUAAAGAGGCGUUCGAAACAUUUUUACCUUUUUUCCUACAAGACGAACCAAGCCAAGUCUGCACUAAGGGAGGGUUGGCAAGUUACUCAAGCAGUGUUAAUUAUUUACUUGAUUCUGAAGGUCGUGCCAUUGUCCAUGAUACGAAUUUUAUGGCAUAUCAAACGGCGCUGAGCAGGUCGCCAGACUUCAUCAAUGCUGUGAAAUAUGGUUAUGAGAUUAGUGAUAACAUCACUGCCGCUAUCCGGAAGCACACAGGUAUGGAUGUUGAAGUUUUUCCUUAUUCCGUGUUUUACGUGUUUUUUGAGCAAUACCUGAAUAUUUGGUCGGACACGUUUGCAGCGUUAGGUUUUUCAGUUUUGGGUGCUUUAGCAAUAAACCUGUUAGCGUCUGGGUUUAACUUUUUGACGAGUUUCGCUGUUAUAUUGACUGCUGUCAUGGUCGUGAUCGAUAUGAUGGGCGUAAUGUAUAUUUGGAAUAUACCGCUCAAUCCAGUGUCUUGCAUUAAUCUUAUCGUGUCUAUUGGUAUAUCGGUUGAAUUUUGUAGUCAUAUUGCAUACGCUUAUGCGACAAGUCGUCGUCCAGACCACGAGAGAGUGAAAGAUGCAAUACAAAAAGUCGGCUCCACUGUUAUUACUGGAAUUACAUUUACGAACAUACCAAUUGUAGUUUUAGCAUUUUCUCACACUGAAGUUAUAGAAGUGUUCUUCUUUAGGAUGUUUUUUAGUCUGAUAAUACUAGGGUUCUUGCAUGGGUUGGUGUUUUUCCCUGCUCUGCUGUUAUUCCUCAAUAAUAUAAAAACGAGAUCGUUUUAAAUUUCAAUCGUAUUUGUUUGGCCUAUAACCAAUUCAAUCAACAAACAUAAUUUACUAUUUUAUUUGUAUUUUAACAUACCAUAAAUGUUUUUUUUCUAUUGUCGAGAUUAGUACACGUUUAUGGGCCUUCUGAAGCCAAAUGUUUAGCUGCGUCCACAAGGAUGAAAUCGCGAAACCGCCAAAAUGGAUGGAUGGAGGAUGGCGGUGAAUACCUAAUAGUUAACCAUGAAACACACCGUGUCAGUACUCAAGUUAGGUAUUAGGAAAGCGUUUGAAGCUAGGUGUUAUGUUUUAAGGGGAAGGCAGGAGUCGUGAAAUCGCGUAACCAUAGAUGGACUGUGACUUUGGCUGGCUGUCUACGCUACUACAAUAAAGACUGAACGGUGAUAAAAUUGUGAAAACCAUAUUUAUUCUUACAAACACGUUUUCGUGUUUCGAAGUGAAACUUCUUUAGACACGUUGAGAGUAAAAUUUAAAUCGCGAUAGAUUCGUUACGGCUAGGUACAUCUAGGAAGAGCGAGACUGAGAUACACAGAGCCAUUCGCAAACCACUCGACCGCGGUGAAGGGAAAGGACAAAACGAGCUAGGUCGUUUCUCUUCUACAUACACAGCAUUCCCAAUUACAAUAUAAAUUUGAUUUAAGGAUGAAAAAUGAAUAAAACCACAGUACUACACAUCGCAAAAGAAGUUUCACUUCUUUCACGUGCACCAAGUUGCGCGUUCACAUUUUUUUUAUUAUUGAGACAACUCGCCUCUAUGUUUUCUAUACCUACUUCUCCUGUACAUCAUGAAGAGAGCCUUUGUGUAAUGUUCAGUUUUCUAGUUUCAAUAGCUUGGGUUGGAUAUUUAUCAGUGAGUCAGUUAUGAGCGAGUCCCACAAGUCGGUUAAUAUUGACUUUCAUAGAAUCGAAUUUUUUACGUACCACAUUGUUCUUCUCCCUAAAUUAUUAAAGAACUAUAUGCUUAUAGCCAUUAGCUUUUAUAUAAUAAGUACAUGUUACUGGUAGUUGAUUUUGGUUUGUUAAUUAAUCUUUAUUUUUGUAAAUUGCAAAUUAAUAAAUAAAUAAAAAUUAGACAAUAACGAGAUUAAAUAAAUAAAAUUCCGAAUUUAUCUGAUCUUAUUUUUUUGAUAAAUCCUGUUUAUGCUAUUUUCGUUUUUUAAAUUAUAUCAUUGUUUUCUUAACUACAUCAUCUUUGGGCAUAAGUCUCCCUUUUUUACCCCAUAAUCUUCGAUCGUCCGCCAGUCUCAUCCACGACUUAAUACAUAAUAAAUAAUAAUUUAAAAAUUUGAAAAUAUUAUCUUAGUGUUUUAAGUUAACGUAUCUUUAUUCUAAAAUUUCUAAUCACCGAUUAAUAUACCUUUAAUCACACACCUGCAUGUUUAACUGAUAGAUAUCGAUAGCGUUACGAUAUCGUUUAGAUUAAUUUGUCCGUCGUUCCUUAUGGUCUUUCACUCGUGAAAUAGGGCCGCCGUGAGCCGAUUGUCUGUUAUUACUUAAAUAUGCAAAAGUAGCACCGUAUUUACGUAUAAAAUGAAUUUUUUUAUAACGCUCGUUCUUGUGUUUUUGUAUACAAGCGAUGUGAAGGCGAAAUGUCGAUUUCGCGGUGAGUGCAUUGAAAUAGCAGGCCAUGCAAAACCUUGCCCUGUGGAUAUUGAAGCAAGACCUGUCGUAGAAGGACUGUCGCCAGCAGAUGCCGAAGAAAUCGUUGACAUUUUAACUGAAAGAUGUCCUAGUCUUGUUUUCGAUGAAAAUGGUGAUAAGAAGCCAUUCAAUGAAAUCUUAACUUGCUGUGAACCCGUCCAAAUCAGGAAGCUAUCGGAGAGCUUAAUGUUGGCCGAUGGUAUCCUGGGCCGUUGUCCAACAUGCUUAAGAAAUUUCGCCAGACAAAUUUGUGAGAUGAACUGUUCUCCUGAUCAAUCUCGUUUCGUUGAUGUCUACACUGAAGUAUCAGGAGGUGUCCGAUAUGUGAACGAAAUCGAUUAUAGACUUUAUGAACCGUUUAUGUUGGGAGCUCACGCAUCGUGUGCCGGCGUUAUAAUUCCACAAACGGGCUUACCAGCAAUUAACAUGAUGUGUGGCAAUGCAGUUGUUUGUGAUGCUGAUGCAUGGUUUGGAUUUACUGGAGAUACCUCAAGCAAUCCAAUGGCACCGGUGCAAGUUAACUUUUUAAGGUGGCCUACACCCGAAGACUCAAUGAAUGCGCCUGCUCCACAGUGUAACGAAACCGCAGAAGGUGAUCUUCCAUGUAGUUGCGUUGAUUGCGCUGCGAUGUGCCCAACUGGGACUGAGCCCGUUGUUCCUGAAAUUUGUACUGUUCUAGACGUUCACUGCGUUGGUUUCGCAGUUGGUAUUACGGUAUUUGUAAUAACAACUAUAAUAUUCAUUAUUUUAACGCUACUAGAAUACCGUAAGCUAAGGAAAGUUGAAACCAAGACUCCGUUACCGGCCGAUGUUCAAAGGUUUACAGUAUUUUUCCAAAAUCUAUUUGCGAAGAUUGGUGUUUUUGCCGCAAACAAUCCUAUACUUAUAAUAAUGGUAACCUCGUGGGUAUCAAUAGGUGUGUUAUAUGGCGCUUUUAGUCUUAACAUAACUUCGAAUCCUAUUGAACUUUGGUCUUCACCAGUAUCCCGCAGUCGAGAGCAAUUAAAUUAUUUCAAUACUAGAUUUGGUCCUUUUUACCGUGCGGCACAAGUUUUCUUGCAGUUCAAAGGAUUGGAGCCAUUUGAAGUAGAUAAUGUGACAUAUGGAUCUGCAUUUAGAAUUGAAGCUAUUCAUGAAUUGAUCAAAUUAGAAGAUGAAAUUUAUAAAAUUGGAAAAGAUGACGGUGGUGUUUCACUAGAACAGGUUUGUUAUGCUCCUAAUCGUCCCAGAGGGGGAGAACAAAGACUUGAUCAAUGUGUUUCGAUGUCUGUAUCUGUAUACUUCGGUCAGGAUAGGGAUAACAUCAAUGAAAAUACCUAUUUAGAUCAAAUACAAAAUUGUCUGAACAAUCACUAUGCACUCAACUGCUUAGCAUCAUGGGGAGGUGGUUCCGAACCUGAGAUUACUUUUGGAGGUUUCGAAGGAAACAACAUUCUUAGUGCUGACACGCUUCUUAUUAACUUUCCAAUUACAAACUUCAUGUUAGAGGAAGAUUUGAGACCUGUCUUGGAAUGGGAGCAGAAAUUCAUAGAUCUAUUGCAUGACUACAGAGACAACUGGAAGUCAGAUUUCGUUGAAGUGGCUUUCGGAACCGAAAGAUCAAUCGAAGAUGAGAUUCGACGGGUUUCAGUUGCGGAAAUUUUGCCGAUUUCGAUAAGCUACAUUAUAAUGUUUAUAUAUGUUAUUAUAGCGUUAGGAAAUGUAAGGCACUGUAAGACGUGGUUACUUGAUAGUAAAAUAGUAGUAGCAGCUGGUAGUAUUGUCGUAGUACUCCUUUCCAUUGGAUGUGCUUUAGGCUUAAUGGGCUACACAGGUAUUACAACAACCUUAUUGGCCAUUAAUGUUAUACCUUUCUUCAUUCUUUCAGUUGGUAUUGACAACGUUUUCUUAAUGGUGAAUACAUUGCACGAUAUUCAGAACGAUCUUAAAUCAUACGAUGACUAUAACGAAAAUUUUAGUUUUUCAAAGAAACGUAGUUUCGUUUUUGAAAAGAUGAUGAGUGCAGUCGGCCCUUCCAUAUUUGUUUCAUCAGUAACCCAAAUUACUUGUUUUGGUAUUGGAAGUAUAACUAAUUUCCCAGCUGUUCAAACAUUUGCUGUAUUUGCGAGUUUUUCCUUAACUUUCCUAUUUGUAUUUCAAAUCACGACUGUGGUAGCGAUUUUGUCCCUUGAUUACAAACGUGUGUCGCAAAACCGCCCUGAUCUAUUUUGCUGUAUUCGAAAGAAGAUUCUUAAUGAUGACGAUCCUUUAAAUUCUGAAACUCCUUAUAAGAGUAUCACGAAAAGACUCAUGAAGCCUUAUUCUAAAUUUUUACUAAACUGGAAGACAAAGAUCAUUGUUGCUAUUUUGUUUAUGCUGUUGGUAUCUACUAGUGUUGUUUUGAUUCCACAAGUGGAAAUUGGUUUAGACCAAGAAAUGAGUUUGCCAACCGAUUCUUAUGUAUAUAGUUAUUUAGUAGCAGUUAGUAAGCUUUUACGUCUUGGACCCCCGGUAUAUUUUGUUCUUAAGGCUGGCUUAGACUUUUCAAACACAAAUCAUCAAAAUGUUAUCUGCGGUGGUCAAUUAUGUUAUGAUGAUUCUCUAUUCACUCAAGUGUUUUUAGCUUCUCAACAUAGCAGCAUCACUAGGAUUUCAAAAAGUUCUAAUUCAUGGUUAGACGAUUUUAUUGAUUGGACAAGUUUGUCUGGAGCUUGUUGCAAAUAUAAUACAACCGAUAAUGGAUUCUGUCCUAGUACAGAUAACUCCCCUGAAUGUGCUUUCUGUACUAUAGGAAGGGACGAAUGGGCCAACGGAUUACGUCCCAGUUCAGAAGCGUUUAAGAGAUAUAUUCCAUUCUUUUUGCGAGAUGAACCGACUCCAACCUGCAAUAAAGGGGGUCUUGCGAGUUAUGCAAAUGCCGUGAAUUAUUUACUUGAUUCUGAAGGACAUGCCACUGUGCGUGACACUAAUUUCAUGGCUUACCACACUUCAGUAAGUACAUCUUCAGAUUAUAUCGAAGCAGUAAAGUAUGGAUAUGAAAUCAGUGAUAGUAUAACUGCAGCCAUAAAGAAACGCACAGGUCUAGAUGUGGAAGUGUUUCCAUAUUCAAUAUUUUACGUUUACUAUGAACAAUACCUAACCAUAUGGGGUGAUACGUUUGCAGCUCUAGGCUAUUGUCUCAUUGGUGCAUUGGUUAUCAAUUUACUAGCAUCUGGAUUCAAUUUCUUAACAACUUUUGCCGUUAUAUUUACGGCGAUUUUGGUUGUCAUAAACAUGAUGGGCGUUAUGUACAUUUGGAAUAUUCCUUUAAACGCUGUGUCUUGUGUUAACUUAGUUGUUUCUAUCGGUAUUGCUGUUGAGUUCUGCAGUCACAUUGCCUAUGCAUUCGAUUCGAGUACUCGUCCCGCAGAUGAAAGAGUACAAGAUGCGUUACAAAAGAUAGGUUCGACAGUUAUUACUGGUAUUACAUUUACGAAUAUACCUAUUAUUGUUUUAGCGUUCUCAUACACGCAAGUAAUAGAGGUAUUUUUCUUUAGAAUGUUCUUUACUUUGAUAAUAUUGGGAUUCUUACACGGGAUGGUCUUCUUCCCUGUAUUGUUAAGCUACCUGAACAAUUUAAGGAACAAAUAACUUUGUGAUAUUAUUCUUAAUAAUUUUUAAUUAGAUUUAAAACUAAUGUACACUAAUGUAUGUAGGUAAUGAAACUGUAAGAAAAAAACAAUUUGUAACCUCAAGAUUAUUACAAACGUAAUGUUUUUUUUAUAAAUACAUUUUUUAAAUUCUAUUGCGAUCAAUACGGAACAGCUUCAAAAUGUUAAUUGUCAUGUUUUGCUUUUGUAAUUAAUUCACUUUCGAUAGGAAAAUAUCAUUCAGAAUAACAUUUUCAUCUUAAUUAAAUUUUCAAAUGGAAAAAUGUAAAUUGCUUAAAUUAAAUGGCGAAAGCAUAAGGAACGGAUGAUGCUUUUUGCUAUUUUAAAAUUAUUUAUUGAGUAUAACUGUUUAUUACACGUUAAUUUAUUUUUAAACCUAGUCUAAUUUAUAUUUAUAUAAAUAAAUGCUUCAUAAUAAA